CUUAGCAACAACAUAGCUUUAGAUGACAACGGAUUAUAUGCAUCUUUACAUGAUAGUGAUACACCAAGACUCGUAUUUCUAAAGCUAACGUCUUUUGUCCGGUUUUAUUCUGUUUCUGCUAGAAAAUGAGCAUAAACUUUCACGCAAAUCAGUAUGAAAAGUCUUUUUCUUCUGACAGAUUGCAAAAUUGGGAGUUACCCAAAAAUACUGUAGGCAAGUUCCCAAGGGCAAGAAAUGGAUUUACACGCAUCCUGACUAAUGAUCGUGGCCAUUUACUGACUAAUGUGCCUAAGGAGAGGGGAUCACCUUGGGGCACAUUUGUUGGUACAUGGGAUAUGCCUUUCAAAAUUCCAGGUAACAGAAUAACUGUACCCACAGCUAGGACAGAAGAAGCCAUACUUAAAGGACAAUUGCUGAAAGAAAAAGGCAACAUUAUUCUCAGUGGGGGCAAUAAACGAAGUCGUACUGUGGAUCCCUUGCCCAUCAAAAUGGAUGCCCCUGAAGAUCAAAGACCUGCUGGGAUCACAUGUGUGCCAUCAGGAGGUAGCGGUGCUACACCAACAUGUGUGCAACCCUGUCCCCAAGUGGAAACAACCCAUUAUGAUGAUAACCAGCCAAGGGCAAUGUCAAGAAAGGAGAGCAGAGAAAGUUUGAAGUGGCCUAAGGCCAACACACCACACUGCCAGUCCCCAGUGGUGUAUGCUGAUAAUCCUCACUGUGUGACACAGAUGUGUGUAGCAGACGUCAAUGUGUAGAUCACAUCCAGUAUAUAUACCUGCAAUACUCCACAGAGAAAUUAAACAUGGCUACUAAUUAUAGUAUUAUGUACACCACAAUUUCCAAACAAUUAAUUUCCUUUUUUAAACAUUUUUUUCUAUGUUGUACAUUUUUAUAAGCCAUUAUAGCAAUUACUCUUUUUAGAUCCUUUAUUAACUAGAAAUCAUAUUUUUAACAUUUUUAAUCUGCAUGCAUCCAGGACAGCUAUAGGUAACUGGAGGCCCUAGGUGAAGUGACUUUGGUGGCCCCCAAAUGAAAAUAAAAAAUAAACAACGAAAAAAUAAAAUAAAGCUAUUUAUAAAAAACAUGUCUUUAUAUCGAAAUCAACAAUAUGAUUUUGACACAUUCUAACAAGUAAAUCUGAACUUUCUUUAAUAAACCUCGAGUCAUGGUAAUAAGUCUAGCAGACAUAGAGCAAUAGAGCUUUGCUAUGUUUGAGAUUUGAACCAAUUUACGCUGGUUUUUUUCUUUUUAAAAUUUUUUUAGUCCUAUGCGAGGCCCCCUCCAAUUGGAGGUCCUAGGCAGCUGCCUAGUUUGCCUAUGCCUAAGGUUGGCCCUGAUGCAUCAAUGAUGUAUAUAUUUAUGUAAGAAUUCUGUAUAUACAUUUUUUUUUCACCAUUCUAGUUACCAUUAUAAAAUUUCUAUUUAUAUAUUAUGGCUAUGAUGUAACUAAAUUGUUAAUUUGAAAUUAUGUAAAACCCCGUCCUAAUGUAAACACCUAAAUUACAAUUUCAUAACCCAUUGUUCAUCAAACAUUUUGCAUUCCUGAUAAUGGAAACCCCAACCUACUCUUUAUCCGAUUAAGAAAAUCCAACCUACUGUUUUCCUCAAAGUUACACACUCUAACCUGUUGUUCACCAAACUUGCUAUCUACUAAAUCCUUUUCGUCAAACUUAGGAAUGCUAACCAACUGUUUACAGAAUUACAAAGUCUAACCAAGUGUUCAGGAAACUUACAAACUCCAGCUGACUGUUCAACAAACCUUUUGUAUUCCUGUUUAGGAAACACCAACCAUCUGUUCACCAUUGCAAACUUCAAACCUAAUGUUCAACAAACCUUUUACACUCCAAUUUAUGAAAACUCAACUUGCUGAUCACCAAACUUAACUCAACUAAAAACCUACCAUUCAACAAACUUACUACCUCCAACCUUCUGUUCAACAAAUUUCGAAACUCCAACCUACUUUUCACCAAAUGUUUGGCAUACCAGUACUUUUCGUGAAACUCUAAACCUACUGUUUAGGAAACCUACAAAUUCCAACCUACAGUUAACCAAACUUUUGCAUUCCAGUUUAUCACAUCCCAACCUUCGGGUUCCAAACCUACAAAUUCCAACCUACAGUUUACUAAACUUUUGCAUUCCUGUUUAUCACAUCCCAACCUUUGGGUUCCAAACCUACAGUUUACUAAACUUUUGCAUUCCUGUUUAUCAGAUCCCAACCUUCAGUUCAACAAACCUACUAAUUCCAACCAACAUUCCAAACUUUAUUCUAAUGUUCAUCAAACAUUUCAGUUAAUGAAACUCAAAAGUUACUUAAUUCAAAAAAUGUUUAUGGCAGUAGUUAAGAGUGGAAUGAGAUCUUGUAGAGAAGAUGAAAAAAAAUAUACAAAUGUUACAUAUACUGUGAAAAUAAUUAGUUUAGUUGCUAGGUUCAGUUUGCUAGUCAAGGGAUGGGUUUAUGUUUCUAAAUGCUCAAUAUAAAAACAGAAAAUGAUUUUGAUUAUAUUUUUUUCACAUUGUAUUUAUAAAAAUAUAUGUUAUUAUUAUUUUCAUGAACAGAAGAUUUUUUAAAAAUUAUAAUUAUAAAUAACUCUUGUUGAAUCUCAUUAUUGGAUGAGAUUAUGAAUGUGAACCAUCUCUAAUCUUUAUAAUCCUCUCAUAACACAUUGUGUAAAUAUGCAAGAAAUAAAUAUUUUGUUUAGAAUCA